GUCGCCGCACCCGGCGCCCACCUGGCGCCAGGUGUCCCCGCCAUCUUCCUGCAGUCCUCCGGCCCGGCCCCGCGGGAGCGGAGCAGAGCUGGCCGGGUAGGACUGGCGUCUCAUCCCCGCUCCGCACAGACAGACCCCGACGUGUUGCCAUGGCUGAGGAAGCCGCCGCCGCGCGCUUCAGCGAGGACGACUUUUACUGUCCCAUCUGCCAGGAUGUGUUCAAAACGCCCGUGAGGACUAUGAACUGCCAGCACGUAUUUUGCAGGAAGUGCUUCUUGACAGCUAUGCGGGAAAGUGGAACUCAUUGUCCUCUCUGCCGGGGGAGUGUGACUAAAAAAGAAAGAUCAUAUCCCAAAAGGGCUCUAGAUGUCGAAAACAGUAUGAAGAAAGCUUCCGGGGGCUGUAGAUGCUGUGAGAAGCAGGUUAGGUUUUCGUGGAUGAGACAGCAUUAUAAAACGUGUAAGAAGUAUCAGGAUGAAUACGGUGUUCCUUCUGUUAUUCCAAAAUUACAGAUUACCCAGGAUUCAACAGGGAACAGUAGCAGGAAUGAUGCAGUAUCAGCUAAUGGAGAGAUGGCUACUAAUCAAAUGCGCCAAGGAAAUACAAGUGGACAUCCAACUUUCAAAUGCCCCUUGUGUCAGGAAGCCAAUUUUACCAGACAACGCUUGCUGGAUCACUGUAAUAACAGGCAUCUUUAUCAGAUAGUUCCUGUAAUCUGUCCUAUUUGUGUAUCUCUCCCUUGGGCAGAUUCUAGCCAGGUUACCAGAAAUCUUGUUAGCCAUCUAAAUCUAAGACACCAGUUUGACUAUGGAGAAUUUGUGAAUUAUCAGCUUGAUGAAGAAGCCCAGUACCGAAAUGCAGUUCAAGAAUCCUGUCAUGUGAACUUUUAAAGAAUGGAUUUCUGUCUUACUGGUUGUCCUAGAGGAAAAAUUACAUGAUUUCUGUUGAUAAUCUGAAACCUGCAUUAAUAACAAAUGGCUUAAUUUUUUCCAUGUUGAUAAGAACUUUUUAUAUAUCACAGAAUCACAGAAUCACCCGGGUUGGAAGGGACCUCAAGGAUCAUGUAGUUCCAACCCCCCUGCCUGGCAGGGCCACCAAACAUACACAUUCAGAUCAGGUUGCCCAGGACCCCGUCCAACCUGGCCUUGAACACGUCCAAGGACGGGGCAUCCACAACCUCCCUGGGCAGCCCGUUCCAGGGCCUAACCACUCUCCUUGUAAAGAACUUCCCCCUAACAGCCAACCUAAAUCUUCCCUCCUUCAACUUGGAUCCAUAUAUAACCAUAUAUAACCAUUAUAUAUGGUUUUACUGAAACUCAAACUUGAUAUUUUUAAUGAGAUCAGGCUCUUGGAAUCAGAGACCUUCCUGGAACAACUUUGUCUUCAUUGUUUCUAACUUCUACUACUCUGUUAAUCACACAGUUUCUUUUACUAAUGCUGGAUAUUCUGAUUGACCAAUAACAACUUUGAAAACAGCGUUUUUAGAGAUGCAAAGAUGCUCUGUUGCACUGUUGAAUUUAAGUUCAUCUUUUGUCUCUAAGAUAGCUGCAGGUUAACAAUUUGUGUUGUCCUCCUGCCUGAGGACAAAGUUUUAUUUGAUGUUGUGAUUUGUUCCUUGCCAUUACUAUGUAAAUGAAAACAGUGCCAGUGUAAGAAAUUAAAAUACUUGUUUUGUAUAGAUUAGCAAUGCAGAGGUUUCUUUCACUAAGAAAGAAUGGUGCCAUUGCCUGGGAAUGAUUGCAUCUAUUUUCUUCCCCUUUUUGAGCAUAACUGAAGUAGGACACUUGAUUAGACAACUGAAUGGAGAGUUUUCUCCAUCCUCCUAACUAUCAGUGAAGGUAGCCCCCCUGCUAUACUUUCUGAGCAAUUCAUGACGGCAUGCAAGAGGUGUACUUUCUUGGUAUGUGAGUGUGUGACUAGCUAGUUUUUUGUUUCGUUGGAGGUUUUUAAAAACUUCAGUAGUUUUAGGAAUUUAAGUCACCGUCUGUGCUGUCUCUCACAGCAGACUGUGUAAGUAGAGCAUUUAUUGGCUUUGGACAAAUUGGUGCUCAGAAAUGAACUUGUUUAUUUUGGUAAAGCUGUUUAAUAUGUGGACAUCUGCUGCAUUCAAAGGCUUGAAAAAACACUUGAGGAGAAUCUUGCUGUAAAUUAAUUACCAACAUUCUGUUAUUCUUGAUAUCCAUGUUCUCAGCAAGACUGCCAUUAAAAUUGGUGGGGGAAAAAAAAAAAAAAAGAGAAAACCACCAAUUUUGAAUUUAAAUAGGAAAUGCAUUUUUAAAAGAAAUUCCAGAUCUUUAAUAUUAACAGGAGGAAGGGGAAAUAAAAAAAAAAUAAGUCAUCUGCACAGAUGUCAUUUUUGGGGAUUUAGACAGAGACAUUUCUGAAUGUAUACCUUUGAGGACUGAACCUUCAUGCUACGUGACUAUGACCCAACGUCAAACUGUUCUUAAUGCGUACUGUAUGUGUGGUGAAGUACACACCUGGUCUUUUUUUUUGUUUUUACUUAUGCCUAGUUGGUGAUUUAUAUGUAACGAUAACCAUUAUGCAGAAGUACAACCUCCAAAUCCUGUCUGAGUGUUCUCACUCAGUCUGUUUUUGUGCUCUUUUGACCACAUACCGCUUUGGAGCACUUCACUGAAAGCAGUGAGAAAAGUUUAUUUUGAUUUUUCUUUCUUUUUUUUUUUUCUUUCCCUUUGUUCCUCUGCAAAGCCAACUAUAAAACAGGGCAAAGGAAUUUCAAUGUAGCCUGAUACUGAAGAUUGAAUUUUUUACAAGAAAAUGAUCACGGUGUGUAUUUUUUAUUGCUGUGUAGAUUUGCAAAUUAAUUUAAUUAGUUAUGUGAAAGUUUGGUUAACUUCUUUAGAUUCAGUAAGUUAUUUAUAUAAUCUGGCAAUAACUGCCUAUAGCCAAUACAGAUUCAGAACACCUCUGGAACACUGGAACUGGUUAUUUCUGUUACUUGAGCGUACUUGGAAAAUUGCAAACGGAAUUACAUCUACUUUAAAAGUCUGGGGAGCGAGUUCUUCUAUAGCAAUAAUUAGUUGCCACUUGAUACAUGGUUGCUGAAGUAGCAUUUUGUUUGCAUUUAAACAAAGAGGCUUGAAUGCAUAUGUUAAAGCAACAAAUGUGUGUCAAUGCAAUAUUAAAAAAAAAAAAAGAAA